GCACAUACUUUUCAGCAGUGCGAUCGCUUCGGAUAUUUAACUUUUGAUGUAAACAUUGUAUCCCACCGCGUUAUAGCAUGGUAAAUUAAAAACUUCUGAAACAUUUGAUGACAUAUUAGUUAGUGAAUUAGAAUAAAUGGAAAAAUGGGCGUCUGUAACAUUGCAGAUAGCUGGCAUGUGUUUUGUGGCACAUCUCUUUGGUUAUUUUGUACCAACUAUUACAUUUAUUUAUUACUCUUUUUACAUAAGUUUCAAAGUAAUGCUGUUCCUAUGUGCUGUGAUUUUUGGUUUGUUACUUAGUCUGAAACCUGAACCAUAUACAAUAAAAACAUAUAAAACAGAAAUAAACCAAAACAUAGUUUCUAGGACAAAGGAAAGACUAGCAGAUUUAAAAUUCAUACCAGGCAAAAUGAAGAAUACACCUUUAGUAUCUCGAAAUGUAGAUGAUGUUAUUGAAGAACUUAUUUCUUUAUUACUGAGAGAUUAUGUAUCAUCAUGGUAUUCUCCUCUUGUUAAACAUCCAAGUUUAUUUUGCAAACAUUUAAAGGACCCUAUUCGUCAAAUGUUAUUUACAUUUCGAGAUAGGUGUCGAAAAAUAGAUGAUGUUGAGCUGUUUACUAAUGAUUUUGUUGUUAUAAUGACUGAACACCUUCAGCACAUCAGAUGUGCUGUUAUAAAUCCAGCUGAAAAGAUCCAACCAUAUAAAGUUUAUAAAUUCCUAUCUGAUAAAGAUUCAGAAUUGGAUCACCUUAGAUACCUUUGUGAAUUCUUGUUUGCUACUGUAUUACCACCAGAAUACUCAAGGAACCAGCAGCUGCGUUGUUUAUUACGUGAAGUCUUCACAGUUCUUGUUUUUUAUCCUGUCAUUGACAAACUCUGUGAUCCUGAUUUUAUAAAUAUGAAAUUGAUUUCAUAUUUAAAACAACUACAACUACAAGCAGAAAAACAUCGUCGUACUUAUGAAUAUGCUGCUACAUAUGAAGAUUUUAUAAAAAUGAUCCAAGAAUGUAAUGAUGUGGAAGACCUGCAGCGAAUGAGGUAUUAUAUUGCUACCGAAAUCAUGCAAUCAACAACUAUGAGCAAUUUGAAACGUCUAAAAGGAAUGGAUGUUAAUAAAGAAUUUGUACCUCAAAAAACUAAUAAAGGAGAUCUGUUGCAAGCAAGGAACUUAAAUAGAUAUUUAAAUCAGCUUCAUUUUGCCAGAGCUCAAUGUGAAAAGAGAUUGAAAGCAAUUGGUGGACCAGAUUAUGUUUCUUCCUCCAAGGUUGCCAGUGAAAAUCUGAGCAGAAAUAUUUACAUGCCCGGACAAAAGGUUUUGUCUAUGUCAGUAAUAAUGCAGUCUGCUUUCUGUAGACGAUAUUUGUCAAAGUUUCUUCAGAAAGAUGAAGUGCAUUCACUCUUAGGUUUUUGGGAAGCUGUAGAAGAAAUGAAGUCUUCUGAUAAAGAACACUGGCAUAAAUUAGGAAAUGAUAUUGUUCAAAUGUAUAUUCAUAAUCCUUCUAGUAGUGUAAGAUUGAAUAAGAACACAUUGAAGGGUAUAGAAGAAUUUAUAAUGGCAAAUAAAGGUCCAGAAGCUUUCUUUCAGGCUCAGGAAGAAGUGUAUAAAUCAUUAGAAUCCAAUUACUAUGCUUCUUUCAUUGUCAGUGACAUUUAUCACAAAAUGUUAUCUGAUGUGGAUAAACAAGGGAUUGAUUUUAUGCAAGAAUCUUCCCCUGAACCUGAAGAUUUAGAGUCAUCUAUGGAAGAUGUCAAAGAACCAAAAAUGCCUGAACCUUCUGAAGUUUCAGUUUUUGACCAUUCUAGUUAUGCCAGAUCUCAGUUAAAAGUAUUAACAGAAAGACUGAGUUACAAGAAACAGGCUCUAGAAGCAUUAAGAAACAAUCCAAAGUGUGAGAAAAAAGUUGUUUCUAUGUUAGAAACUGAAAUUGAGAAUUUAAUAUUAGAACAAAAUAUGCUGGAAAACCAUAUAGAGAAAACAGAACUGUGGAUAGAAUACUUAGGAAUCUGGCAAGCUACAAUAAUGGAAGCUAUGGAAAAGAAGGAAAAUGAUAAAGUUGUUCCAUACUUUGUUAUUCGAGUUCAUCUGGCUAAUGAUGCUGAAUAUGUUCCAAACAAAAUGGCUGGUUGGGUUGUUGCAAGAAGUUUAAAUUCCUUCCACAGUCUGCAUCAGAAAUUGGUUCCAGCAGCCUCAUGGUUGAAAAAAAUUGAUUUGCCAACAAAGCCCAUUUUUAAGACUUUUGAAAGAAAUUAUUUAGAAAAAGCGAAAAAUUCCUUGCAAACAUUCCUUUCAGCAGUGACCAAAGAUGAUGGUUUGAAUAAAAGUGAAGCUUUGUAUGAUUUUUUGAGCCCAAGUCCGGAAUAUAUGAAACAUCCACCUGGUCCUCCGAAAAAGCCUUGGAAAUUUAACAUUCUCCAGUUCUUUAAAAAUGUUCAGAAUACAUUAGGGCAGUUUGAUGAUGCAGAUGAUGAAGAAUUACUUUUCCUAGAUGACAUAGAUAACAAAGAAGAUAGGAGAGAUUCAAUUGCUGAACCUUUGUAUACAUUGAUUGGAGAGAUUUUUGAAUUAAAAGGUGUUUUUAAUUGGUUGCGAAGGUCUUUAAUUAUGUUUGUACAAAUAACUUAUGGACAAACUAUUAAUAGGCAAUUGCGAGAAACCAUUGGUUGGAUUCUGUCAGAACCAAUGCUACUCUAUUAUUUACAAAUGUUUCGUGACACAAUGUGGCCAUCAGGUGAAUUGGCUCCCCAAGCUGAAGAUCGAACAAAAGAACAAAAACGAACCACCAAAAUUUUAGCAAAGCAAAUGUUCUUAAAUAAUACUCCAGAAAUCUUAAGUAAUUUAAUUGGAGCACAAAAUGCUAAAAAAGGAUUGUCAAAAGUAUUUGAUGCUUUGCAAAAUAAAAAUUUCAACAAACAACUUAUAUAUAAACUGUUUGAAGCUUUUUUGUAUAAAUAUGCACCAGAAUUGAAGCAGAUAACAGUUCUGUACAACAUUGACAGAAGAGAAAGUGUUCCAUAAGUUCUGUUUUAUAUCAUUCCUUACCUCUUGUUCCUGUGAUAUUUAUGAAUUUCAUGCAAUUCCUGGCUGAUAACAGUAAGAGCUUUUAAUUGUGAAUAUGUUUUGUAUAAAAAUAUUUAUAUAGGAAAACAGUGCAUAGUAUUAUAUGUUAUCUAUGGUGUUUAAUA